CCGGGCAGCGGAGCGCUCGUUGAAUUACGCGUUCCUCGUUACCUUACUCCUCCACUAUCAAGUGACACCGAGGACGGACCGCAUCGCUCCGCAGUCCGUUCGAGGCUCAGUUAGAGCUGCAGGAGGAUGGGGAGGAGCGCACGCUGCCGGCGCCUCCCGGCGAUGGGCACCGCGGCAGCCCCCCGCUGAGAGCGCAGCCCGCGCAGCGCCAUGCCCGCCCCGCAGAAGAAAAUCCUCUUCUGCCUGGCUGGGGCGUUCAGCUUCGUGUGCGCCCUGGGGACCGCUGCCGCCAUCGGCACCCAGCUGUGGGUGAAGGGAACCAUCCUCUGCAAGACGGGCGCGCUGCUGGUCAACGCCACCGGGCCGGAGCUGGAGAAGUUCAUCGGGGAGAUCCGCUAUGGGCUCUUCCACGGCGAGCGAGUGAGGCAGUGCGGGCUCGGGGGGAGGCCCUUCCAGUUCUCAUUUUUUCCAGACUUGCUCAAGAUUAUCCCUGCGAGCAUCCACGUCAGCGUCAUUCUCUUCUGCACAGUGCUGAUCAUCUUCACGCUGGUGGGAACGGGCUUUUUCCUGUACAAUGCCUUCGGCAGCCCCUACGAAACACUGCAUGGCCCCGUGGGGCUGUACCUGUGGAGCUUCAUCGCCUGUGAGUACCCUCUGCAGGCUGCGCAUCCACUGCGGCGUUCCUGCGGCUGCCUCAUCAUGAUCCUCUUCUCCUCCGAGGUGAAGAUCCACCACCUCUCAGAGAAAAUUGCUAACUUUAAGGAGAAAAGUUUCACGUUUAAGACCCACAGUGAACAGUUUGCAGACUCCUUCUGGAUCAUCCUGGCCUGCUCCCUGGUGCACUUCCUCAACACGCUGCUGAUACGCCUGGCCGGGUUUGAGUUCCCCUUCUCUAAACCCAAGGACUCAGGGACAGCCACUGGUGCCGCAGACCUGAUGUACUAGAGUCACACAGAGUGAAGACAGAGGUGUUCAUCACUGCUGCCCUCAGCAGCCGCCACCCACACCAGCUUUUAAGGAAGUUAAAAACAAGAGAAGGUUUCAGAUAACUGUUGUGUGACACACGCAGUAAAUAAAAGAUAACGUGCUAGUUGAUAAACCCAGAUCAGAAUACCCUUUCUCUCUUGGACUAAAGCCUUACUGAGGCAUCUGCUUCUCUUUCCUCCAGAGCUGAUUCGAAAAGCAGCUGCUGUGAACAGAACAGAGAACUCAACAGCACAGAGCUGGCACAGAGGCACAGCAAGGGGAUUGCCAUGCAGCCACCUCCCAUCACCAGCACAGCUUGACCCACUUGCAGCUCUCAGGGAGCCACAGCACAACCCCUGCAGCAUUGGGCAGCAGAGAACAGGGCAGGGAGGAGUGCCCGCUCUGCUUUUGGCAUCAGCCCUGCCACAGACUCGCAGGGGAAGACAGCAUGAGGGCAGGGGAUGCCCAGCCCCCGAGUGCCCUGCUGACACCACACAAAGGCAUCAUUUCUAUCCAUAAAGAGUUCUGAGCUUUAAAAACCUAAUCUUUAACUCCCCAGAGCUCCAUUUUGUAGAGCAAUCCACACAGCAAGAGCUUUGUGCCUCAGGAUAAGGUGCUGUAUGCAGCAAUAUAACGCACUCACACUGCUGCACCCCAAGAUGAGGGGUGAACCCAGGGGCAGAGCAACAUGAGCUCAAACCCAGCAGCGCCCACCAGGGCUAUGAGGAUCUGCUGCCAGCAGGCAGCAAGUUGUCACCAAGAAGCACAAAUAAACACGGACAAAAUGGGCUGAAACACCACAGCCAGCACACGCAUGCUGCAGCAGACCAGGCACUGACAAGGCAAAGCCUGAGAGUCUCCAACACAAGCAGUGAUGAAACUUUGAGCAAAUGGAUGUAUUUGCCUCUAAGCCCUUACCUCCCAG